GACGCCUAGAGGCUCCUAGGUGGUGGGCCCACUUUUGCUUCCCGGAGUGCAUGGGCGUGGGCCUUAGCGGCUGGAGGGGCUGAGUGCCCGGCGUCAUGGAGGGCGCCGAGCCCCGUGCGCGGCCCGAGCGCCUGGCCGAAGCUGAGGCGCGGGCGGCCGACGGCGACCGCCUGGUUGAGGUGCAGCUGAGUGGCGGCGCCCCUUGGGGCUUCACCCUGAAGGGCGGCCGCGAGCAUGGCGAGCCUCUGAUCAUCACCAAGAUUGAAGAAGGAAGCAAAGCUGCAGCAGUUGACAAGCUACUCGCUGGAGAUGAGAUUGUGGCCAUCAAUGAUGUGAGUCUCUCAGGGUUCAGACAAGAAGCAAUUUGCCUGGUGAAAGGCUCCCAUAAGACUCUGAAGCUUGUGGUCAAAAGGAAAAGUGAUCCAAGUUGGAGGCCUCACUCCUGGCAUGCCACCAAGUUCUUCGAUGUCCACCCUGAGCCAGCAGCCUCACUGUUUCUGAACACUAGCAGUUCCUCUUCCUGGAAGAGCCAACGCCAGGCUAGUUCCUCCUCCCAUGACUUAUCUGGCUCGUGGGAGCACACAAGCCUACAGCGCACUUCUGACCACUUCAGCUCCGUGGGCAGCAUAGACAGUCUGGACCACAGCUCCCAGCUUUACCCAUCUGGACACCUCUCGUCUGCCAAGUCCAACAGCAGCAUUGACCACCUGGGUGGCCACAGCAAGCGAGACUCCGCUUAUGGCUCCUUUUCCACCUGUUCUAGCACCCCUGACCACACCUUGCCCAAGGCUGAUGCCUCUUCCACUGAGAACAUUCUCUACAAAGUUGGCCUUUGGGAGGCCUCCAGGCCAGGCAGUGGCCGACAAAGUCAGUCUGCAAGUGAUCCUCAGGGACUGCAGGACAGGCCAUCAUGUUUUACACCCAGGGUUCCUGGUAACAGCAGUAAAAGCCCACGGGCAGAGGAUAAUAUUGAGCCCAAAAUAGCCACUUCUGGGAGAGCCAAUUUUGGGCCUGUCUGGUAUGUUCCUGACAAGAAAAAAGGCCCAUCUUCUCCUCCUCCUCUUGCACCUCCUUUGCGAAGUGAUAGCUUUGCUGUGGCAGCUAGGGGUCAUGAAAAGGCUAGUAUGCAGCAUUUUACUACCUUACCCCAUGUGCAACCUCGAGGGGACCGCAGACUGGAAACUACCGAUCGACAGUGGAGGCUUGCACACCCAAGCAGUGGCAAAGAAAUAGGAAAUUUGGCUUACCAGCCAGAGGGCCACCCAGAUUGCCGUUGGCUAUGCUCUGAUGAUAGAACAGGUGGACCUUCAGGGGCUUCAGGCAGGCUCCAGUUCUCCCUGUCCAGCACAGACGUACACUUCCUGAAGUCUUACCAUGGGAGCCAACACCCACGGCAGAGCAGUGAUGAGAGCACAAGGAUCCUCUCAUCACCAAGGGAGCUGCCUCACAUAACUCCUGCCGGAGGUCUGCAGGAAGCUCCUGCACCAUCCCAGGAUGACAACCCUGUGCAGGUGAGGUGGCCUGGUUCUACCAACCAGAAGCUAGAUGACAGAGGGCGGAGCCACCAUUUUUCUGUGCUCCCCAGGCAGCCUGUGCAGGGGAGUGCCCAAGUUGUGAUACCCCGAGGUGACUAUUGGCAUUCAGACACAACAACUCCUGUGGACCGUGAAUAUCCUUUCUUGCGCCCAGUGGGCCAGAGGGGCUACCUACAGCAGCAUGAGGAGACCCUGGCCUCUCAGGACAGAGAGGGGCAUCACCAGCUAAAUGCAGGAGUUGAAGGUUGCUGCUCAGGAGUCCAAGAGCAUCCUAGAGCCAGCCAUACCAUGAGAACUAGUCUGCAGUGUCCUGGCAAUGACUUCACGGUGGUGGAUGGAGACAGUGGGAGAAUUUCUCGUCAGAGGACACCCAUGCUGCACUCUCUGACCCAAGAUGGGGCAUGGCGACCUGAGAAUAGCAAGGAUUGUGGAAACGAGAAACUGACACUGCUUGAUACCCAGAUGGGUAAACCCACACGGAGAAGUGACCGUUUUGCCACAACACUGAGGAAUGAGAUCCAAAUGCGCAGAGCAAAGCUGCAGAAAAGCAAGAGCACUGUAACACUGGCUGGAGACAGUGAAGCUGAAGACUGUGCUGGAGACUGGAGAGCUGAUGUGGGAGCUGUCCCAGAAGGUCCCUUCCCCAGUACCUAUAAAGAGCACCUGAAGGAGGCUCAGACACGUGUCCUGAAGGCCACCUCUUUCCAGCGCCGUGAUUUAGAUCCCACCCCAGCAGAUCAGUAUUUGGGACCACCAGAAGAGAGGACUUGUGACCACACUGCCUCAUCUUCUUUAUCUUCUUUCCCUGGGGAGCCAGACACUGUUCCCCACCACAGUGAGGCGGGUCUGGCCAAGCUACCCUCUUCUGGAGGUGGUGUACCCCACAUUCUUCGAAUUGGAGGCCGGAAACGGUUCACAGCAGAGCAGAAACUGAAAUCCUAUUCUGAGCCAGAGAAAAUUAACGAAGUGGGACUUUCAGGGGACCACAAUCCUCAUCCUAAUGUCAGGACACCUGAGGAUACUGUGGGUACGUUUGCUGACAGGUGGAAGUUUUUUGAAGAAACAAGUAAAUCUCUUCUCCAGAAGCCAGGCCAUAGGCAAGCUGUCUGUGGACCCCCAAGAGAGAAGGCUGAGAGGCCACAGACAGAGGGCCAUGAGUGUGAGAGUACUGAGCCCUGGUUCCAAAAGAGGUCACGGGCCACCUCCUGUGGAGAGUUCCUCAGUGAUGACAGCAAAGUAGAAAAAGCCUCAGAGAAAUUGAACCCACCCAAAAGGCUUGGAACUUUUGCAGAAUACCAAGCAUCUUGGAAGGAACAGAAGAAACCUCUGGAAGCCAAGAGUUCUGGGCGGUACCAUUCAGCAGAUGAUAUUCUGGAUGCUGGUCUAGAUCAGCAGCAGAGGCCCCAGUAUAUUCACGAACGGUCCCGUUCAUCACCGUCCACAGAUUACUACUCACAGGAAGUGCCUAUUGAGCCAAACAGGCAGUCAGAGGAUUCUGGUGAACACAAAGAAGCACUUCCCCAUACACUGCAGGCUGAGGAGGGAUGCUCUGCUCCCAGCAGUGCCCAGCCUCAAGACAGCCGGCAUGUGAAUGAGGACACGACUUUCUCUCAGCCAGAAGCCCAGCUCUCUUCCAAGUGUCAACACCUACAGAAAUCAGCCAUGGAAACUUCUCGUUCCCCGUCACCUCAGUUUGCCCCACAGAAGCUGACAGACAAGCCUCCCCUGCUUAUCCACGAAGACAACUCAGCAAGAAUUGAGCGGGUGAUGGACAACAACACCACUGUGAAGAUGGUGCCCAUAAAAAUUGUGCACUCAGAAAGCCAGCCUGAGAAGGAGAGCCGCCAGAGUCUUGCAUGCCCAGCCGAGCUGCCUGCACUGCCCAGUGGGCUGGAGAGGGACCAGAUCAAGACACUGAGCACAUCAGAGCAGUGCUACUCCCGCUUCUGUGUGUACACACGACAGGAGGUGGAAGCCCCUCAUAGAGCCCGCCCUCCAGAGCCCCGGCCACCCAGUACCCCUGCACCCCCUGUCGGAGAUAGCUGUUCCUCCCCUCCCUCCCUCAACUAUGGGAAGGCCAAGGAGAAGACCAUCGAUGAUUUGAAGUCUGAAGAAUUAGCCAGGGAAAUUGUGGGAAAGGACAAGUCAUUGGCUGACAUCCUGGACCCCAGUGUGAAGAUCAAAACUACCAUGGAUCUGAUGGAGGGAAUUUUUCCCAAAGAUGAGUACCUUCUGGAGGAAGCUCAGCAGCGGAGGAAGCUGCUCCCCAAAGUCCCCUCACCCAGAGUCACAGAGGACAAGAAACAAGAGCCAGGUGUACCAGGGGUCGUGUCCUUGGCCACCAAUUCUACCUAUUAUAGCACAUCAGCCCCUAAGGCAGAGCUGCUAAUCAAGAUGAAGGACCUACAGGAGCCUGAGGAGUAUUCAGGGGGUGACUUGGACCAUGACCUGUCCGUUAAGAAGCAAGAGCUCAUCGACAGUAUCAGCCGCAAGCUGCAGGUGCUCCGGGAAGCCCGUGAGAGCCUGCUGGAGGACAUCCAAGCCAACAAUGCUCUUGGGGAUGAGGUGGAAGCCAUUGUGAAAGAUGUCUGCAAGCCCAAUGAGUUUGACAAGUUCCGGAUGUUCAUCGGGGACCUGGACAAAGUGGUGAACCUCCUGCUGUCACUGUCAGGACGCCUGGCCCGUGUAGAAAAUGCCCUCAAUAAUUUGGAUGACAGUCCUUCUCCUGGAGAUCGGCAGUCACUGUUGGAGAAACAGAGAGUCCUAACCCAGCAGCAUGAGGAUGCCAAGGAACUUAAAGAGAACCUGGACCGCCGUGAGCGCAUUGUGUUUGACAUACUGGCCACCUACCUCAGCGAGGAGAGCCUGGCUGACUACGAGCACUUCGUGAAGAUGAAGUCGGCCCUCAUCAUUGAGCAGCGAGAGCUGGAAGAUAAAAUCCACUUGGGUGAAGAGCAGCUCAAGUGCUUGUUUGAUAGCCUACAGCCUGAGAGAAGCAAAUGAGAGGCCCAUUCCCACAGAAGGUGGACACUGAGCUUUGGAGAUUAAUGCCUGAAAUUACAAGAGUCAACCCAAGCCUAUUUGCCCAUCUCUGGAGAGACACACUCUGGAGCCCCAAGGCUAGUAAAAAAGCAAUAAUGCCCUGUUAGUAUGUGAUGAUUUAUUUAUGUUUUUCAUUUCUAUUGGUUUGCUGAGCAGAGUUUCUUAUCACAUGUGACUUCACAGAAUGCCAGGCUUUGAUGGUCAUCAAGGGUCUUCUAGGAUGCCUAAUGGUUGGACCCAAAAUACAUGCAAGCACUCCUUUGCAACAGUGGCACCGUUAUUCCUCCCUUGUGUAGAUGCCAAAUACAUCUCUAUGGUGCAUAAGAGGAAAGACCCUUGUGAUUUAGCCAGGCAUGGGCUGCUGUUUUCUGUCCUUGUUCAUUCAACAAAUGAGAGCAUUCAUCAGUCUGUCAUCAUGACUUUCUCUGACCCAGAAAAAUCAGUGAUGAUGAUAAGUUAUUGAUAUAUGGAAAGCAUGAACACUUUCCUAGUAGUUAAAAACCAACUAUGAAAUGAACAACCUAUAUAUUGGGUUCAUUCAUUCCAAGAUUAAAAUCAUCACAUAACUUGUGUGCAUGGUUUUAAACUCCCCAAAUAGCCAGUAUCCUUGUCACAUCUUAAGUAACUUCUAACCAAGUGACAUUACUUGGUUAAAGGUGUGUCUACUAAUAGUGGUAUCGCCUGUUCUUUAUUUCCUGAGACCAAUGGAAUAAUUUGAAGUUUCCGUCCCCAGAACACUAAUUUGUUUGUGUAUGUGAUCCUUAAUGACAGUUGGUGGCUUAUCUCAUUUUUCACUUUUCUGUCUGUUACCAUGGGCCACAUGCCAUGUACCUUAAGACUCCACCCUCUGGUUAGAGGUCCUGUGGGGUGACUACUGCUUACAUUUGAAACAGAGUUUCGUCCUUAACAAUUGAAAUGACAAGAUGACAAAUAUCUCAUUAAAACAACACUGUCAUCCUACUGGUUUCCAGUUGACAGGGCAGAGAUUGGGAGAAAACAUCUGUAAAUCAUGUGUCUGAUUUUUGCUCAUUUUGUUUU